GGUGGGAGGAAGAAGGGAAGGAAGGAAGGCACAUGGAAAAGAUGGAAGGAGGCAAGGAAGAGAAAUGGGAAGGGAGGACAUUUGUGGCCACCUGUUCCGUCAGCCCCCAGAGAGCUAAUACACCAAGAGAAGAGAGGGAGUGUUUAGAAAAGAUAGAUUCUGUAAACACAAGGAAAUUACAGAAAAAACUAUCAUGUGAAAUAAGAGACAGAGAGAGAAACAUUCGAGAAAAGAUAAGGCGUUGAAAGGAUGAGGUCAAAGGGAACACACAGACAUGAAGAACAAUGGAGGCACUAAGUGGCGGAGAGGGAGAAAAAUACUUAGAGACGUAAGACCUUCCUUAUGAGUGACAACAAAAAUAGCCAAGGAAGGACCCAGAAAAACUACCACCAGGGAGAUGGGCCGCCUCGCUGCCUCGGCCGCCCCACAGGACCCCUGGCCACGACCAUCCUGCUCUGCCUGCUGCUGGACCGAGCGUCCGCCCUGACUCUGGAGCCCACGGAUCUUCCCCUCGUGGAAUGGGUCCCCAGCCUCCAUAUGAAGUUCAACCCCAGGACGAUGGAGCUGAGCUGGGACUGUACGGAAAACACGACCUACCUCGAAUGCGUGAUGAUCCACAAGGAGAAGGGAGAGGUCAGAAAAAAGCCCAAGAGCAAAGAAUGUCACUGCAAGUUUCGGGAUUAUUGUCUCCACGGGGGAGUCAUGUUCAUGGUUACAGUAAACAGCACCCAAAGACCGAUUCCAGAAAAACUGGUCUACACUAAUCCAGGUGGCCAGGGCACAGCUGCCCAAAACUUCUCCUGUUUUAUCUACGACGCGACCUUCAUGAACUGCACCUGGGCCAGAGGUCCGGCUGCUCCUGACGACGUCCAGUAUUUUUUGUACAUUCAAGACUCCAAGAGAGAACGGGAGCAGGAGUGUCCUCAGUACAUCGCAGACUCGGGGACCCACGUGGGAUGUCACCUGCGCGACCUGUCGGGGUUGAGUUUCCACAACUACUUCCUGGUCAACGGUACCAGCCGCACAUCGGGAAUCCAGUUCUUUGAUGCCAUUCUGUCCACGAAAAAAAUAGAGGUGUACAGCCCGCCCGGCAACAUCAGCGUGAGCUGCAACGCCUCCCACUGCCUGGUCGCCUGGGAGCCGCCGCGGACGCGCCAGGCCCUGUCCGGCCGGGACCUGCAGUACCAGCUGCUGAUCCGCCGACAGAACAGCAAGGAACAGAGCGGAAAACAGCUGAUCGACGUAUCCGGCGAUUCGGAAAAUAAAUACCACUUCCCGAGCCCGGAGCCCAGAGCCAAGCACACCGUGAGGAUGCGGACCGCGGACACCCGCGCCCAGCGCUGGGGAGCCUGGAGCGCGCCCGUGGAGUUCGGCUCCAUGGACCCCACCCCCGGCCUCGUGCACGUGUACGUGCUGCUGGUUCUGGGGACCCUGGUCUGCGCCCUGAUCCUCGGCUGCCUUCUGAAAAGGUUCCUCGCGUCGGAGACCUUGUUCCCCCGGAUCCCGCGCAUCAAGGACAAGUGGACCGACGGCCAUCAGACUGACCACCAGAUCAUCUGGGAGAAGUUCACCUCCGAUACAGAAAAGACUGACCACGAAGAGAUCGUGACCGUGGAGGAAAUCUCCGUUGUCCCGGCAAGCACGUGAACCCAAGAUGCUUGUAGCCCUGGAACAUUCUGGAAGCCUUUUUUUCUUUUAAUCAUUUGAACACUUAUUUAUAUAGCA